CCGCCCUUUUCGGGGGAAGCGUCCAGGUCUGAGCAGCGUCCGCCGCGGCGGCGAUCCUGAGAGGGCGACGGACAGCCAAGGCCCUCCCCGGGCUCGACCGCAGCCCUGUCCGGGUCACCGCCCUGGGGGCGGGCCUGCCUCCUGGAGAGGGAUGCGGGUGAGGCGCGUCUCUGUCCGCUCCCUGGCUUGCAGCGCCGGAGAGCCGGGCCCAAGGCGCACCGCUGUCGGGCCGUGUCCAGAACAAGCUCAGUAACCAGUAUUGGACUCCUUACCGUUGUUCCUGCCACACCCACACUGCUUGCUCUGUGCUUGCACUGCUUGCUCCCCCACACACAGCCCCAGGCACUGCAUUUGGUACCAGCUGAAAAUGUGUGUCUAAAAUGCAAGCUCAGCUGAGCAGACACCUUAGGACAGCCUUGCCCUGUCGUCUAAAAUUGGAUCAUGAAGGUAUUGGAAAAAAAUUACUUCUGGAUGUUGCUUCCACUUCUUCGCUUGAUAGCAGAUGCUGCGGAACAUGAAGAGGUGGCAAAACAUGCCAUCAAAUUACACCGAGGCAGAGGCGCAGCCAUCACUCAGAGGAAGCAGUGGGUCCUCGAUGGUUGCAGGAAGCUCUCCGGGCUUCUUCGCCAAAAGACUGUGGUUCUUAACAAACUGAAAAGUGCCAUCAGAGCGGUAGAAAAAGACGUUAGCCUGUCAGAUGAAGAGAAACUGUUUCAGGUGCACACAUUUGAAAUUUUCCAAAAAGAGCUGAAUGAAAGUGAAAAUUCAGUGUUCCAGGCCAUCUACGGACUGCAGAGAGCCCUGCAGGGAGAUUACAGAGAUGUAGUGAACAUGAAGGAGAGCAGCAGGCAGCGCCUGGAGGCCCUGCGAGAGGCUGCAAUAAAGGAAGAGACAGAAUACGUGGAACUUCUGGCAGCGGAAAAACACCAGGCUGAAGCCCUGAGAAAUACGCACCGAAACAAAAGCUUGUCCGUGCUUGACGAGAUCCUGGAAGAUGUAAGAAAGGCAGCCGAUCGUCUAGAGGAAGAAAUAGAAGAACAUGCUUUCGAUGACAAUAAAUCCGUGAAAGGGGUCAAUUUUGAGGCAGUUCUCAGAGUGGAGGAGGAGGAGGGCAAUUCCAAGCAAAACCUCACAAAGCGGGAAGUCGAGGACGAUUUGGGCCUCAGCAUGCUGAUCGACUCCCAGAACAACCGGUAUAUCCUCACCAAACCCAGAGACGCGACCAUUCCAAGGGCAGACCACCACUUCCUGAAGGACAUUGUUACCAUAGGAACGCUGUCUUUGCCUUGCGGCUGGCUCUGCACGGCUGUUGGGUUGCCCACAAUGUUUGGUUAUAUCGUUUGUGGCGUCCUUCUGGGGCCUUCAGGACUAAACAGUAUUAAGUCUGUUGUGCAGGUGGAGACCUUAGGAGAGGUUGGCGUGUUCUUUACUCUGUUUCUUGUGGGCCUGGAGUUCUCUCCGGAAAGGCUGAGAAAGGUCUGGAAGAUAGCCUUACAAGGACCGUGUUACAUGACACUGUUAAUGAUCGCAUUUGGCUUGUUAUGGGGACACCUUUUACAGAUCAGACCCACUCAGAGCGUCUUUAUUUCUACGUGCCUGUCCUUAUCAAGCACACCCUUAGUGUCCAGAUUCCUCGUGGGCAGUGCCCGGGGUGAAAAAGAAGCAGGCGAAGUCGACUACAGCGCGGUGCUGCUUGGGAUGCUCGUGGUGCAGGACGUGCAGCUGGGCCUGUUCAUCGCCGGCCUGCCCACCCUUAUCCAGGCCGGGGCCGGCGCCUACUCCAGUGUUGUCAUGGAGACUCUGCGGAUCCUGGCCUUGGUCGGUCAGAUUCUUUUCUCGCUGGCUGCUGCUUUUCUUCUGUGUCUUGUUAUAAAGACUUACCUCAUUGGACCAUAUUAUCGAAAACUGCAUAUGGAAAGCAAAGGGAACAAAGAAAUCCUUAUCGUAGGAAUCUCUGCUUUCAUCUUUUUAAUGUUAACGGUCACAGAGCUGUUGGACGUGUCCAUGGAGCUGGGCUGCUUCCUGGCUGGAGCGCUCAUCUCUUCCCAGGGCCACAUGGUCACCGAGGAGAUCAUGUCUUACAUCGAGCCCAUCCGGGACUUCCUGGUUAUCAUUUUCUUCGCCUCCAUAGGCCUCCACGUGUUCCCCACGUUUGUGGUGUAUGAGCUCAGCAUCCUGAUGGUGCUCACGCUGUCGGUGGUGAUCAUGAAGUUUGCCCUGGCAGCCCUGGUCUUGUCAGUCCUCCUGCCGAAGAGCAGCCAGUACGUCAAGUGGAUCGUGGCCGCGGGGCUGGCGCAGGUCAGCGAGCUCUCCUUUGUCCUGGGGAGCAGAGCGCGCAGAGCUGGCAUAAUUUCUCGGGAGGUGUACCUGCUAAUCCUGAGUGUGACCACUCUCAGCCUUUUGCUGGCCCCGGUCCUGUGGAGAGCUGCCAUCGCAAGGUGUGUGCCUCGGCCAGAGAGACGGUCAAGUCUCUGAGGCACCAGGAGGGCACGCGGCUUCGGGAACUGGCGCCUGUGCGGACGGCGGACACGGGGCACAUCCAGGACCGCCCGUCCUUGUGAGCCCCUUGCCUCGGGACAGAGUGCUCCUUCGGAGGGGCUUCCUGCCGCCCGGCGUGACGACCGUUGCUGCUGUGGUUUCAGGUCUUCCGGAGUCAUUUGUUGCGUUCAGUUGAUCAUGCACCGUAUUCAGUAUGACGCUGCAUUUACAGAUCACCUUGACUGUUCGCCUGGAUGUGCCUUUUUUUCUGAAGUCAAUGUUAACUUUCUAUUGUUAAUUCAUCAGUUCAGGAUUUUCUGGUAAAAAAAUCAGAAGGGUUUUUAUUUAUUCGGUUUUUGUGUUGUAGUCUGUUGGUCAAUAUUUGUUAUUAAACAUUUCUGUGAUGUGCAAUUUUAAUUUUGGCAGUGAGUUUGGAAGGUUCGUUUAAUCCUUACUGCCCAUGUUUUCUAAAAAGAUAAACACCUUCUAAAUGUCUAUUUGUUUUCAUUAUAAUUAUUUUAAAUAAAACACUCAUCAGUUUUUUAAUUAGGUAUAUCAUUCUUUAAAAAUAUUUGUUUUGAAUCACAAGAAUAUGCAUGCUUUAAUAAAGAUUAUUUAUACUCAGAGUAA